AUGACAGCCACAAGAGAUGCACUUUUCCCAAGAGUGCAGGGAAACAUAGAAGCUGCACAAGAAAAGCAAAAGAAGCAGUUCUUAAAAAGAAAAGGAGGCUUCGACUGCACAUUGAAGAAGGGUGAUGCUGUUCUACGCCGCAAUAUGCUCCAAAAGACAAAAAAGGGGCACAAAAUGGAAGACCAGUGGACUGGCCCAUACACCAUAGAAGAGGUUGACUUACAAAAGGGAACCUGCAGGUUACGUGGAAAAAGUGGCGAGAAACUAAGAAGGAUAGUGAACAUGAAAGACCUCAAAGCGUACAGGGUUCAAUCCACAGCUCAGCAGACAGCACAACCACCAUUGCAGCAUCCUCACUGUUCUUCUCAGCAUUCAGCGACAGCACUCCAACAUCAACAACAGGCGCCAUCGCAGCAGCCAGUACCAUCUAUGCAGCCUGCAACACCAUUGCAGCAGCCAAAACAAUCCCAGCAGCUAUCGCCAACCAAAACGGCCACAAUACAGCAGUUAAUGUCAUCCCAACAAGCACCAUCCAAGCAGCCUACACCACACCAACAGCCAGCACCACACCACCGGCCAACACCAAUGCCACGGACAAAGGUUCCCCAACCAAAAGUACCACCCAAUCAGCCAACACCAAUGCCGCGGUCGAAGUGCCCCAAACUUCAAGCACCUUCCAAGCAGCCAAAAGAACAUCACCAGCCAGCACCUUCUAGCCAGCCAACACAACCAAAUCAACCUACACCUUCCAGCCAGCCAACAUCACCUAAUCAGCUAGCACCUUCCAGCCAGCCAACAUCACCUAAUCAGCUAGCACCUUCCAGCCAGCCAACAUCACCUAAUCAGCUAGCACCUUCCAGCCAGCCAACAUCACCUAAUCAGCUAGCACCUUCCAGCCAGCCAACAUCACCUAAUCAGCUAGCACCUUCCAGCCAGCCAACAUCACCUAAUCAGCUAGCACCUUCCAGCCAGCCAACAUCACCUAAUCAGCCAGCACCUUCCAAACAGCAAACAUCACCUCAUCAGCCAGCACCUUUAAACCAGCAAAAAUCACUUAAUCAGCUAGCACCUUCCAAACAGCAAACAUCACCUCAUCAGCCAGCACCUUUAAACCAGCAAAAAUCACCUAAUCAGCUAGCACCUUCCAGCCAGCCAACAUCACUUAAUCAGCCAGCACCUUCCAAACAGCAAACAUCACUUAAUCAGCUAGCACCUUCCAAACAGCAAACAUCACUUGAUCAGCCAGCACCUUCCAAACAGCAAACAUCACUUAAUCAGCCAGCACCUUCCAAACAACAAACAUCACUUAAUCAGCCAGCACCUUCCAAACAGCAAACAUCACUUAAUCAGCAAGCACCUUCCAGGCAGCCAAAACCACCUAAUCUGCCAGGGGCUCAGCAACCGGCAAAAUACCAGCCCUUUGAACCAAACAAAAAAAUACAGAACAUUUCAAAGAAGGACAUUGCUUCCUGCUUUGACAAAGUAAUCAAAGAUCACCUUUCAGAAGUACUCAGUGGCACCAAGGAAAGCUGGCGACAUGAAAUUUUCCAUGGAAGAAUAUUAUCAGACAGGGAUAAAGAGAUGAUCGAAAGGGUAGAGACUGUUGCCAUGCCAGUGUACUGUGACUGCCGCCUCCCAUACAAUCCAACCAAAGACCAGAUGGCAGAAUGCACCAAUUGCAAGAAGUGGUUCCAUCAAGCUUGCCAAAAAAUUCCUGACAAAGUUUUCAAGUAUAAAAGGUUUCAAUGGAAGUGCAAUAACUGCCAAAUUGCUUAG